CAUUUUAAUACACCAAGUUUAAUACAUUACAAAAACCAUUUCUCUCUCUAAACGUCUUUACUAAAGUCUCCAAACCCUUCUUCGACUCUGUUGACGGUGGUGACGAUGUUGCCGACGGCGGUGGCGCUGCUCUUUCUUGAUGGUGACGGCGAUGGUGAGUCGGUGUUUUGUUUCGAUUUUUAACUUGCGGUUUGACUUAGGUUUAUAGGUUUAGUUAUGAUAUAGGACUGUUUAAUUUUUUUUUGGCGUUUUUUGUGCUUGCUGAAAGUUAAUUUGGCCAGUUUUUCAAAGUAUACUGAAGAGAUUUUCACAAAUUGUAUUCUUAAACCCUAACAAUGAUAAUGGUGCUACUGGGGAUCUGAAGAAUCAACUGCAGUUUGGUUCUUCUAUGAAGCUGGAGAUUGCUGAGGAAUUUGGGAAUGAAAAUAGAUAUGAGAAUGGUGGAGUUACAUAUGGUGUAGGUGUACAAAUGCAAAUUAAAUUAGAGGGAAUUUGAAUAAUGGUAAUGGUGGCUCUAACCUCAUUACACAAAGCAGUUCACCAGCUGAAUUCUUUAAUGGUAAAAGAAGAGGAAACAUUUGGUCUAUGUUGUUUGGACUCUUCAAAAAUGUUGGUGGGUGCGUGUCAGAUUCUUCAAAAAGUAGUGUAUUUUUUGAGAAUCUAAUUCAGGUGUGGCAUCGAAAGUGAAGAUUCCGGGAAACUUAGCUUUUGGUCGAUUUGGGAAUAAAUCUGAGAUUCAAGCUUUUUAUUAUUCUUUUGGAUUAGAAAUGUACUGAAUGAUGGAUUUUCUUGCUACUUUGAUAUAGUUUUUGAUGUAGUAGUAAUCAAGAAUGGGGGGAUUUUGUUGCUUAUGUGCAAGAUUUAUGAGAGAAGUUAGGAAUUUUGGAGCAAGUGUAGGGACUAACAGGGAAGCAAGUACAUCAACUAAUGCUUUCAACAAUCAGAUAAGCUACUCAUCUUCUCAAUCAUCUAGCUCAAACUUCAUGCUUAACAUUUCUGAGAAUGAAUAUUGGAACGACUCUCCGUUCAAUUCUUUGAAGAGAAAUAAAGAUGGUGAUAUGGAAAUGUUUUCUAGUAAUAAUUUCAAUGGAAUGACUAAUCAGAAUAAUGAAUCAAGAAACUACAACACUUCUGGUUUAAUUCACCAUUUAAUCUUGCCUAAGACACCUUUUGAGAUGGCUGUCAUAGAAAAAUACCUGCAAUUUCAACAAGAUUCAUUCCCUUGCAAAAUUGGUGCCAAAAGAGGCUGCAUGUAACGCCACGAGAGUACACCCUAGACGCCAUACGGUUCUUGGAACCACAAGUAAUCCCAACCUAACCACAAGAGUACACCCUAGACGCCAUACGGUUCUUGGAACCACAAGUAAUCCCAACCUAACCCAUGAACCGACACACUGUUAAGUAACUGGAUUAUAAUAAAAUAAAUAACAAGUUCUGUUGUGCGGAAACAUAAUCAUUGUCACACCUUUUUUUUUCACCAAAAA